AUGGCGGAGGAAGAUUUCCAAGAUUUAAUCCAGGUGUCUAUGGAGGCACCAGAACCUGUUCAAGCUGACGGUCAGGAGAACGACCUCGAGGUAUCGUGUGGUGGCAAGACGAAGUUGUACCUCAUGGGAUUGCCGAAUUCUGGAAACAGGGUCGCGUCUAUCCUAAUAAACCCUACGGGCGGGGUCGCUAGAGUGAAGUUCUUGACAGAAUCCCUGGAAGAUGUCCAGAUCAGCGGUGUUUCACCUCAGCACGCUGAGCGGUGGCUGAGGAACAGCUCUCGCUUACUAUCAGCGGUCAAACAUUCCUUGCGAACCGUGCCAUCAACUAGCAAUGUCUGUCAGAUGAGAGUGACACUGGGUUCCUUCGUUUUCGACCAAUACCGUGUCCCAAUGGAUUUGCGCGCUGGAUACUCUGUCGAUGACUUCGACGGAAUGCUGCGUCACGAAAUGAGCAGUGGCCAUCUCGUAUCUGGACUUAACCUUAGCCAGCAAUUACUCCUAGAUCGGAUUUCCCAAGCAAGCAGGCUAUUCGCCCUCGAACGUGGUCACUCGCCAGCUUCCAACAUCCAGCACGCCGUGAAGGUAGAGUUUGCAUCAAAAGAAAAGAAGUCUCUACAUUUGGAAGUGGACUUCAAACUGUCCGGGAGACAUUACGAACAAGUCAAGUCUCGAUGGGUGGAGUCGCCAAUUGUGAGACCGUCUGCUCAAAACCGACCACUGCUGCAGGCUGUGAUGAUAAAUCCUGAGAGAGCGGAUUGGGAGCUGAAGAUAAGAGAAAAAUUGAUACUGGAUGCAGAUCAGAUUAGCGUCUCCAUGCGUGAGUUUCAGCAUCAAAUUCGACUCCGUGAUAGCGUCGUUGAAGAAUCUCUCUCGACGAAUCCAAAACGACGCACGAUAAUCCCCAGCGGCUUCGCAGUUCGUCGUCUCAUGGAAAAAGCUGCAAUGCGAUUUCCUAUCCAAGGAACAGACUACAUCUUGGAGGUAGCUCGAUAUGAUGUGUAUGAUCCGAAGCCGAAACAAGCACGCGAUGCAUUGUCCGCCGCACAGAUGGAUUUCAAACCUCCGUUCUCAACUUGGGAGGCAGUCAUAUUGGGUGAGAGUUGGGAUCGGGAAAUGGUAAAUGUCGGUAAAUGGACGUACGGUCGCAACGUGAACAUCGAUGCAGGUCUCAAAAAAUUCUUCAAGCAGAAACAAGGUGAAACACAGAGGGCCGCUUUUGAGCGCUUUAUCAAAAUUGUCACUGACGUGGCAGGGCUUUGGGAUCAAAAUGGCUCUCAUCUCCCGGAACUUAUGUCUGCCAUUGAGGGCACGCUCAUUGAGUUGGAUUAG